GAAUGACAAUUUAUCGCUACAAAAAAGUUGCUGACUCAGAAAAUGAUAACAGUGACAGUCCGUCCUAUACUCAGAGGUUUACUGCAGCGUUUGUGGAGGGCGUGAUGUGGGUUGUAUUUGUAUCUCUAUUUCCUGUGCUUGGAUGGAAGUGCGUCAAACGUAUAAAGCCAAACAAUGCCCUGGUAAAACAUAGACUUGGACAUACUGCAUCUGUCAAAUAUUCUGGCUUUGACGUUGUUCUUCCAGCUAUUGAUCAAGCUGUAGAGGUGAAUCUUAGCCCUCAGAACAUAUUACUUCCAUCGUCAACUUACUAUUCCAAAGACGGGGUGCUUAUGGAGUCUGGUCUUAUUGUUGAAUAUCAAGUCAAAGACCCUGUUGUCUGUGUUAGAGAGUUACAAGAUAUAGAGCAGAGUGUUAUACUUGCAAGCAAAACCGCGAUCCCUACUGUCUUUUCUCAAAGCAACUCUGACAUGAUUAAAUGCUCGAAAAAGCUUACGGAGUACGCUGUCACCAGGAACAUUAAUAAUGCAGUUUACAAGUGGGGAAUAGACAUUAUAUCCACAGAGCUUUCCCCUUUUAAAUUUGCUACACCACCAAAAAAAGAUUCUUCAGACGAUCCUGUUUCGACUGUAAUAAAUUUUAUCCAGAAACUUGCAGGACACAAUCCACUACCUCCAAAAGAAAAAUUCACCAUAGAUGAAAUGAUCCUUGCAUUGAAACCUUAUCUUACUCGAAAAUUGGGAGAAGAUGUCAAUGCAGUAGCUCUGUUGAAUCUUGCUGGUGAUAAUGGUGGCCAGUGUCUCAUUGACUUCAAGACACAAACUAUGGUUGCUAAUCCCAGUUCAUGUCAUCCUGAUGUUACUAUUGAUAUGGGUGUGGACACGUUGAUAUCCAUGAUAGAGAACAGAGACAGUCUGAUGGACGUCUACAAAUCUGGGCGCAUUAAAAUAGAAGGCGAUCUACAAGCUGCUUGGAGACUGCAAAAACUGUUCUAGCGUGAUGCCCUAUGAACAGUAAAUCUUUCUUUAAUUCGUUAUUGCAUCAUUUGUUUGCAUUUAUUAAUUGUAUAGCAUUUAAAUUUGAUCAAAGAAUUAAGAUUUAUGGCAGAAAUUACCUGUUCCAGAAUUAAUAUGAUUAGGAGCAAAUCAAUAGAAGUGAAACAAUAAAUUGUUCAAUCCUAAGUUCUAUGCAAAUGAAAAAUUCUUUCAAUUUCUAUGUAGUACAUACGAUUUUCAGGUUGAUUAUUUGGUUUGUUGUUCAGUUCACUGCUUCAUUUUAAUAAUAUUAGGUCUAGAAUCUAGUUUUAUGAAUCUAUGGAGAAGCUUUUUCUUGUUAAAAUUGUUUGCGAUUUGCAAUCAUUCUCGUUAUAAUGACUUAUGUUGUACGUAUAUUAUUAUAUUUGAAGUGUUGUAAAAUGUGUGAAUAGAUUAUAUUAUAGAUAUAACCUUAAAAUGUAAUUACUUUGCAUCUUCAUUGACAUGUUUCCUAGCCAACUUGAGGUCCCCGUAAAUGGAGGUUAAAUAAUUGUAAAUAGUCAAUGGUAGAAUCCAACAAUCUGUGCUUGAGAAAUGAUGCAAGUUAUGUUUGUUAAUAAUAUGUAAUAUUAGUUUGUUCGGACUAUUCGAAUUUAUAAAUUUUUUUGUUUAAAAUGUCUAUUUAAUAAUAGUCAAUAGUUGUAACCGUUCUGAAGAUAAUUAUAUGUAACCAUUGAAUAUAUACUAAUUGUUCAAUUAUAUAAAGUUAUUUCUCAUUUCUAUAAAAAGAGGUCUGGGGACUAAUUUUCUACAAUUAAUAGAAUAACAUUCUAGGGUCACAACUAAACCGAAUGAACUGCUCGUAUAUAUUUCUUCAGUCUUCUCUUCCUCUCUACUUGCAGGCAGCUGUGUUGUGGAUUUCUUAGAGUCAUGGUUAAUGCUAUUGAAGCAGUAUGAGUCCCAGGAAAAAGGUGGUAAAUGCUGAUCAAGCUGUGAGUGUUGUGCCCCUGGUAUUGCCGAACCAAACGAAUCUUGGAAGGUUUCUUACUGAUUCGAACAUUCCCCAGAUCGUCUGUAUUCACGUUAAGGAGUCUAAAUUCUUGGUGAACUCGAUCGUUCUCUCUUUAAACAGCUCUGUUUUUAAAGGGGAAAUUUUGAAGCUUUCUCACGAGGAUCAUACCUUGUUGUUGGAUGAAGAUUUGCUGUGUAUUCCAGUAAUUGAAUCAGUUGUGAGAGACUGUCUAGAAUAUCUCCAUGGUGAGAGUAUCAGUCUUUCGUUUGGCAAUGUCCAUUAUUUUUGCAAAUUUGCAACAGUGUACAAAAUAAAUCAUUUGAUUUCAACUUGCAAGAUUUUCAUUGAGGAGCAUGUGGGACGCCUUACAAUUCAAGAAUUGCUUGAAAAUUACAGUGAUGUUGAUGAGGCCAAUAUUCACCACAGCUCAUCUGCUAACUAUAUUGAAAAAAACUGUGAAAGAAUAAUUGAAGACAUAAUAUCAGUUGAUAGCUCACCAAUAAUUUGUGGGCUCAAGGAAAAUGUCCUAUUUUUAAAAUUUUUAGUCGAGUCCAGUUCAUCAAAAAACUGUGGAAAGCUUCUUUUGCUUUUGACAAAGUCAGAACAAUUUGAUAGUAGCUUUCUUCUAGAUUUUCCUUUGGAUAGGCUAAACUACAAGGAUGUUUUUCCGAUCUUUGCCGAUUUUCAAAAGUUCAUGAAAUUACUAAUAACAUCUGUUGAAGACCCUGUUUUAGUGAAACAUACGUCUUUGUUGAAACGCUUGUGUCUCGUGAGCAGACUUCUGGGAAAUGACAUUCAACCGAAAUUGGAAAUUAAGCUUAGUUUUGAGACAUCUGAUCAGUAUUUAGUGGAGACUUCUUCUCCAAUUGUUAUCAAUGGUGGCACAAUUACGUCCAUCGAUGUUGCAGUAAAAGCUUCUGGCACCGAAGCUGUUUUGGUUGAAAAUAAAAGCCAAGCAAUAUGCACUUCUAACGAUGCUUCAGAUCCAAAAUGGUUUACAAAUUUCUUAAGAGAAAUUCCUGCAUAUGAUACCAAAGUGAAACGGAAAAAGAAGGUUGAGAUGAUGUUAGAAGAAAGAUGUAUCGAACUUGACCAGCAAGUGAGGCGCAAUAAAUUGGGAGACUACUACAGAGUCGAGUUGUUUCUAGGCUGGGUUUUAAAGGAUAAAUUAAAGCUUGACAUUACUGAUUAUGAAAGGUUUUUAAAGUCGUUCAACUUCAUGAAACUAAGUAAAACAUUCUUAAAAGAUAGCUGGAGUCUGUGUUCAUUAUUCUACAAAUCAUUUCAGGAAAAUCGACUAGAAUGUUUAGAUGAGCUAAGUAAUGAUAAUAAUUUCUUUGUCAUCCAGCGAAAGCUCAGCUCAGCUGAAAUCCAGAAAUCAAUAAUAAGUUCAGGAAACAUUGUUUUGCCUGGUACUUCCUGUUGUUUGAUAAAUAAAUGUGAUACAAAGGACAGCAGUGGUCACCACACCAUUGGCAAAAUUUCAAUAAAAUUACGGGCGUCUACGGAGGAUCAAUCAUGCGGGCUUAUUCGGAAAAAUCAACAUCAGAAAGAUUUGGAGCAUUAUUAUAUGACUCUUCUUGAUAAGGAUCUGACAUUUUCUGGCUUGAUUUCUGUGAAAAUAUUCACAAAGAAUGACAUUCUGACAAUUGUCAAGAAUUAUUCUUAUUUUUUUGUUACUUUGAUUUAUAAAAAUUGAUUUUCAGUAUUUUAUGUUUUGAUGUAAUGUCAUGGUAAUGUCAUUGAUCAAAUUGUAAUAUUUGUA